AUGCAAACUGCUUCUAUAAACAUUUGUGAAAGAAUGGGUUGCUCUCAGGAGCUCAGUGAACUCAAGCGUGGUACUGUGAUAGGUUGCCACCUGUGCAAUAAGUCCAUCCAUGAAAUUUCCUUGCUACUAAAUACUCCGCGGUCAACUGUUAGUGGUAUUAUAACAAACUGGAAGCAACUGGGAACAACAGCAACUCAGCCACCAAGUGAGCGGGGUCAGUGCGUGCUGAAGCACAUAGUACGCAGAAGUCGCCAACUGUCUGCAAAGUCAAUAGCUAAAGACCUCCAAACUUCAUGUGGCCUUUAUAUUAGCAUAACAACAGUGCAUAGAGCGCUUCAUGGA